AUGAUCUCCGGCGGCGCUGGCGGUGGCUCCUUCCUCCUCCAAAUCAAGGAAGACGACAAGUUCUGCGCCAGGUUGCUCUCCAAGGAGACCUCCCUCGCCAACUCCUCCUUCCGAGUGUACUACGGCGUGGCGGCCGCCGGAUCCGUGCCUUUCCGGUGGGAAUCCCGGCCAGGGACGCCCAAGCACACCACCUCCGCCGCCGUCCUCCCUCCGCUCACUCCUCCCCCUUGCUACCACUUCUCCAGUCCCAGGAGCAGGAUCAGGUCGGCCAAGAAACCGGCGGGCUCUAAAUCCAGCUUCUUGUCCCUCCCCAGGCUCCUCGCUCUCAAGAAGGCCACCGUCGGCGGCGGCCCGGCACCCUCCAUGUCCCCUUCCUCCUCCCUGUCGCUGUCCUCCUCCUCCUCCUUCCUCUCAUCCUCAUCCUCUUACUCGCCGCGCUCCGACCACCACCGACGGCCCUCCGGCGACGACGAGGCAGAGUUCUCCGGCGGAGGGUCCCUCGCCUCGACCCUCUGCUUCGGGAUGCGAAUUUUCCUGGCGAAGAAGAACGCGCUGGCGCAAUCCACCGGCUGA